AUAAAAAAACAAAAACAAACACAGAAAAGGAUAAUUCAAAAGUCACUCCAGUAGUAACCCAGACAGUUUACGACACCCUCUAUAUUGCGCUAGGGUUUUCGUUCGAUUCCCCAGUUCCCGCGCUCCUUCUGCAAUCCGAAUUCCCAUUUCCAGAAAACAUUUUUCUGUCUUUGGUGGUGGCAUGGUGCUGGGGUGGCAGUGGUGGUAAUGGAAACUGUGAUGGUGACAGUGGUAGUGUGGUGACAUUGAUGAGUCAUCCGCUGGAUCAUCAUUCAAUGGACCAUCAACAUGCAAUCAGAGGUUCAGAGGUUUUUGUUGGUGGUUUGUCCCGUAGUACAACCGAAAGCAAGAUUCAUGAGGUAUUUUCUACUUGUGGGGAAAUUAUGGAAGUACGUCUAAUAACGGACCAGAAAGGCAAUUCCAAGGGAUAUUGCUUCAUACGUUUUGCAAUGAAAGAGGCUGCAGACAAAGCUGUGAAGGAAAAAUCUGGAAUUACGCUGGAUGAGAAAAAGAUUGGUGUUCUUCCAUCUAACGAACAAAAUUCUUUAUAUUUGGGAAACCUUCACAAAGAUUGGAGUGCAGAUGAAUUUGAUAAAAUUGUACGCCAGGCUUUUCCAGAUGUUGUAUCUGUUGAUCUUGCGAGGCCCUUCAGCAGUGGAGACACCCCUCUUGGUCAAAAGCAACAGAAUCGGGGUUUUGCUAUUGUGAAGUUCUCAUCACAUGCUGCUGCUGCACGAGCAUAUCGGUUGGGAUCCAAUUCAGAUUUUCUUCUUGCUGCUAAUUGUCAUCCAGCUGUAGAGUGGGCUGAGGAGGAACCUGAAGUUGAUCCUGAAGAACUUGCUAAGACAAAAAUAGCAUUUGUUCGGAACUUUCCUACAGAUGCUGAUGAAAACUACUUGAAGAGAUUGUUUGAGCCACUUGGAAAGUUGGACAGAGUCGUACUAUCUAAGAAGAGUCGCUCCCCAGUUGGGUUUGUUCACUUUUCCAAACGAUCAGACCUUGACAAUGCAAUCACGGAAAUGAAUGGAAAGGCAGUCCAGGGACCAAAUGGAGGUCCUUCAUUUAAGCUCCUGGUGGAAGUUGCAAGGCCUAUUGGAAAAAGUAAGAAACGAGCUCGUGAUGAUCCUCAAAUCAAACCAGCAAGUAAGAUUUCAAGUCACUCUAAAUUUUCAAAGGAUGAACAGAUCUUCAGUACUUCUGGUGGCCUUAAAUCAGGAGCUCAAGAAAUGAAGUACUCGCUAGAGGAACCACUGGUUGCUGACCCAUAUGAAGCUGCUGUAGUCUCGUUACCUGUGGCUGUUAAAGAGCGUCUUCUUAGGAUCUUGCGGCUUGGUAUUGCUACUCGAUUUGAUAUAAGCAUUCAAAGUCUAACAAGCCUCAAAGAACUACCUGAAUCUUCUGCUAUAUCUAUCCUUGAUCAGUUCAUGUUAUCAGGGGCAGAUAGGCUUAAUAAGGGAGAGUAUCUUGCUGCAUUAAUUUCUAGGGGUCAGCACCAGGUUGAUAGGCUGGGACUCAAUCACCAUGCUUUGAAUUUGUCAAGGAUAGACGAUAUUACCUCAAAGGAGUUACAACUGUCCAGCUUCUCUAGUAGAGUUCAUCAUUCAGCUGUUGAUCCUCUCAGUUCACGCAUGGGCACAACUAUGUCUGGGUAUGGCACGUAUGCAUCUCGCUAUUCCUCUCCAUUUUCAACUCAUUCUCUAUCUACUAGUCGAGUAGGCUUUGGGAGAAUGGAAGAAACUAGUCCUGUCCCCUUGCACCGAACACCAGCUUCUUCUACAUCUUAUGGCAAGGUCGGAUUGGAUUCUACCCCAAUAUCUUCUGCUGCUAGUGAUCGUCAACCUACACGAGCCCAAGUUAGGUUUGAUCCUUUCACCGGUGAACCUUACAAAUUCGACCCUUUCACGGGUGAGCCAAUUGUUCCCGAGAGUAUAACUCGCCGUUUUGGAAGCCCAUACUGAUUGAGUUUGAAUUUCCAUGUCAUCACUUUCAGUCGCUCUGUGGUGCUUAGUAGAUUUCCCGUUACUGAUCAGAUAAAUGUUUGUACAAUAUGUUUUGGUUUCCAGUGGUUGCGCCGGAAUCAUGUUUUUUAUUUUUAUUUUUCAUUUGUUUUAAGCUCUUGUUUUGUGGUAGUAAAAAAGUAAUGCAUUUAUUUGCUUUAACUGAGCAUGCCGUUAAUUGAGCAAAAUGACAAAAAGAUUCUUAUAA